CCUUUUUCUUUCGCAAGGCGAACAUCAGACGUGAGGAAGAAGACCUAGAAUCAGCACCUAGGUCUCUAUAGUCUCCAAUAUCAAGCGACGUAUUACGAGUUUGUAUGGCGAUAUGAGAAGCCUACAAGCGUCCACAGCUGUUAUUAUUAGAUGGGAGCGGAGUUUCGGCCUGAAGUCCGACAGAACACACAUGUGCUGUGAAACAAGAAGAAUUUAGGGUGAGCUGACAACGACUUCUAGCGACCAGUCUAGACCACGCACGGAAUCUCUCACCCGGACUUCUAUUACCAAUUCAAGACUCUUUACAUGUCACGAAAUUUGAUGACGACCAGCGACAAACGAUUUCCACACGGGACACGACGUAUGUGGUCACACGUGCCGAGAGUGCCGUCAACCAUUUGCGAUCAUGGUUGACGACCCGAAGAAGCCGCCUCUUGACGGAAUCAUUCCCGAAUUGGCUCCGCUCAUAACUUUUUUGGAAAUUGAUGCGAGACCCACCGCCAUUGUGCGACUCAACAAAGACCACACAUCUGGAAUAGAUGCAAUCACCGCGCUGUAUGAAAAUCAUGCAUGGAAGCUGUCUCGAGAUCCACAGCGAGAUACGCAGGAUGUGAUCCAAGCAUUGCAUUGUGAACUUGAAGGCAAACCAGACAUCAGUCUGCUACAUGGCCGUUCUAUCAGUGGAAAGAGAUGGGAAAUACGGAUCUGUGGCGAAUUUGGCGUGGUGAUCGCGGCGGACACGACGCAGGAACAUGAUGAAGCAGAACGGAAGGUUGAAGACUCAGCGGAUAACGCAAAAUAUUCUUCAAGAGAUUGGACCCGAGGCGAUGCUUCUGGAGAUUCCACAUGGAUUGGAUUCAUCAGAUCGCGAGACUGGGCAUCGACCUCGUUAGGUCCGAUGUCAACCUGGUCGCAAUUGUUCCGCCAACACAUUUUGGCUAUCAUGGCCAAUCCAAACCCACGACUGCUGAUAUGGGGCAAAGACAUGACCUUUGUCUACAAUGAAGCUUGUGUGCAACUGUUCGGCGAGGCACAUCCGUUUGCUCUUGGACGUAACGCGACUGAGCCAUGGUCCGAGUCAUGGACUUCUUUGAAGCCAUUGGUCAGUCGAGGCUACCAGGGCUACGCUACUCGACAGCACGACCUUGCACUUGCGUUGGAGCGGAAAGGAUCGCUGGAAGAGACGUAUUGGGACAUGACAAUUUUGCCGAUACUCGACAUGGGCGGUGAGGUCGUGGGAGUUGUCAAUGAGCUUACGGAAACAUCAAUGACCGUAUUGGGAGAGAGACGUCGGGCUGCGAUCACCAAUCUGAGUGACAACAUUGCUAGUGCGACCACGUUCCAAGAAUUGUGGGCUGCUGUGUUGAAGGGACUGGAGGCGUCCACUACGGACAUUCCGUCCGCCAUUCUGUACGAGGUGAUCCCGGAGGAGACCGACAGAGACGACUCAGCAGUUGAGGAAACGCUAUGGAGCGUGAGGUGCGCAUUGGUUGGAGCUCUUGGUGUCGGUGAAGCCGCAAAAGAGGCGAUCACCGAAUUUGCAUUUUCUGCGGAGGCUUCAACCGCCAUGGACAUUGCCGAAGCGUGUCGACAAGCUUGGCAUACUCGAGAGCCUGUGCCUCUAUCGGCAGAAGAAAAGACUCUUCCAACAGCAUUCUCGUCUACCAUCCAAGGUCGCGGCUCUGGCGAGCCAGUCAAAGAAGCACUAGUCUACCCUAUCAAUUCAACCACUGGAGGGCCAGCUUUUGGAUUUCUGAUCAUAGGAUUGAACCCUAGAUCCAAUCUCGACUCUUAUUACAGGCUGUGGCUCCAUAUCGUUGUUGAUUUUAUCGAAAAGGCAGCCUCACUCAUCUCGUUACCGCAAGAACAACGCCGAGCGAAGACCAUAGCUGAUGACAUGGUGACAUCUUUGGCGCACCAAUUGCGAUUCAUGACGCUCCAGGUUGAGAGGAGUGAGGCAAAGUUCACCCGAUUGGCAAGUACGGCACCCACAGGCAUGUUCAUGUACGAUGGAGAAGGGCGCAUGCUCUAUGUCAACGAUACCUACCUCGAAAUGCUUGGAGAGACGCGCGAGAGCUAUCAUAGCAGAGGCGUGGAUGAGAGUCAUUGGCAGGUAUAUAUCCACGAAGACGAUUUGCCACGCCUCGUGGAAAGCUGGCAAGAAGUCAGUGAAAAGAAGAGACCUGUCACACUCGAGUAUCGCCUGAAGAAACCCUGGAAGACUGUUGACACGGUCAGCGGACAGGAGACCAUCGGCGAGAAUUGGGUGCUUCUCAACGCAUUUCCAGAAAUCGAAGCUGACGGGAAGAUCACUUCUAUCCAAGGCUGGCUGACAAACAUCUCGCAUCGGAAGUUCUCGGAGAAGCUCAUGUCGCAACGGCUGAAUGAUGCACUGGAGAAUAAACGACAAACGGAGAAUUUCAUCGACAUGACAAGUCACGAGAUGCGCAAUCCUCUCAGUGCGAUCCUGCAAAGUGCCGAUUCGAUUGUAUCUACACUGAGCUCCAGCAGCUUCGGAGCCACCCAUGAAAUGGUCGCACUGCAGUAUGACGUCCUCGAAGAUCUGGUAGAUGCUGCGCAAACCAUCAUCCUUUGUGCACAACAUCAAAAGCGGAUCGUGGACGACAUCUUGACCAUGUCGAAAUUGGACGCUGAUCUCCUCGAGAUUUCCCCAGACCGGGUCCGGUUGCCCAUGCUUGUCGAGAAGGCCUUGAAAAUGUACGAGGCGGAGCUUGAGCGCGCAGACAUUGAAGCUAAGCUCUGUGUUGAGCCGACCUACGAUGAGCUUAAUGUGGACUGGGUCCUGCUUGAUCCUAGUCGGUGUUUGCAAGUCAUCAUAAACCUUCUCACGAACUCAAUCAAAUUCACACGUAACUCCGAUGUCAGAGAAAUAAAAAUCGUACUUGGCGCAUCUUAUGCCAAACCUACGGGCAAGCAUCAUCGCGUCAAUUUCAUCCCACCUCGACCUUCCAGAAGCUCACAACAAAUUCGCGCUGCAGGACUGACGGAUGAAAGUCCGGGUGAGGAUAUCUAUCUACAGAUUGGAGUCUACGAUACCGGCAGCGGACUCACAGAGGAUGAAAUGAAGGUACUCUUCCAGCGAUUCCAACAAGGCAGUCCCAAGACGUACAAACACUACGGUGGCAGUGGUCUUGGUCUCUUCAUCUCACGGGAAUUGUGCGAACUGCAAGGUGGACAGAUCGGCGUCGCAAGCGGGAACGGCAAAACUGUCUUCACCUUCUUUGUCCGAGCCAAGCGGUGUGGCGACACUUCUGCUGACGAUCCAGCUGGCAAACCCAGGUUUCCAUCCUGCUUUGUCAGCGCAUCGGCAAGUCCCAUGGCGUACAGUCGACGCAGUAGCAACUCCACUGCAGCGAUCACUACGGUAACCACAACGACCAUGAUGACUACAACUACGGCCUCGAUGGCCGACAAAAGCUUGAAACCGGACAUGCAUGUCCUCAUCGUCGAAGACAACAUCAUCAAUCAGAAAGUCCUUUCCACUCAACUGAAACGUGCAGGCUGUAUUGUGCACGUCGCCAACCACGGCCUGGAAUGCCUAGAGUUCCUCGACAAAUCCAUCUACUGCUCCAAAUUAGGAGGCAAUGUCCCGCUCUCUAUUGUUUUGUUAGAUUUGGAAAUGCCCACUAUGGAUGGAUUGACCUGUAUUCGACAUAUCCGCGAGAGACAGCACGCGGGCCAAAUCGAGCGCCACAUCCCUGUCAUUGCAGUCACGGCGAAUGCGAGGAGUGAGCAGAUAUCCAUGGCGAUCGAGGCGGGCAUGGACUCAGUCGUGACGAAACCCUUUCGGAUUCCGGAGUUGGUGCCGCAGAUGGAGAGGUUGAUCGUUGAGCUGGCAUCGGCGGGUGAGAUUGCGGUGGAGGCUUGA